UGCAAAACAAAGGGAUAAGAAUUUUAAAAGAUUUGCCAGUUAAAAUUACUUCGGCCUGUCGGCCACCGUACAAUUCGUUUUCUCGCGAUAUUUCACAGAGAGCGAGAGAAAAAAAAGCCGAAGCUACGAUGCUAAUGGCUCGUUAGCUCUGUGUACUAACAGUGUCUCUUCCAGCUAGAUGGGGAAGAAAAUGCCUCACAGUUAUUAAGAAGGCUUUCCAGAGAGACUGGGAGCACUUCCUGCAGUCACCUCCCGACCACCCUUCUCAGAGUGAAUUUGAAGAUGUAGCCCAGAGUGAAGUGGGUCAUCUCUGCAGUACCUUGCCAUUCCUGCCCAGGCACAGUCAGUGGCUUCUCACUGCCAACAUCACUCUGGAGUGCUUCGACCCCUUACCAGGGCUGCCCAGUGCGUGACUCGGCCGUCCUCAGUCAGUCCGUCCCUGGUUGAAGACCCUGCUGUCCUCAGCUAUGCUGUUCUCCCUGAGGGAACUGGUCCAGUGGCUGGGCUUUGCCACCUUCGAACUCUUCCUGCAUCUACUGGCUUUGCUGGUCUUCAGCAUGCUGGUUGCUCUGCGAGCUGACAUGUUCACCCCCACGCUGAGCUGGUGGCUGGUGUUUGUCCCCCUGUUUGCCGCUGAUGGCCUCAGCACCUACUUCACAGCCAUCGUGUCCAUCCGUCUUUACCAGGAGAAUGAGAAGCGCCUUGCAGUGCUGCGGCUCCUCUGGGUGCUGACUGUGCUCAGCCUGAAGCUGGUGUGCGAGGUGCUGCUGUGCCAGAAGUUGGCAGAGCAGGAGCAAGCCAGAGACCUGUGGUUUGGCCUCAUUGUCUCGCCGCUGUUCAUUCUACUGCAGCUGCUGAUGAUACGGGCAUGCCGGGUCAACUAAGGAGAAGCAGUCAGUGGUUGUGCUUUCACGUCAGAGGCAACAUAGGAACAGAGCAAUCUUCAUCUGCCACUAGAGAUUUAAAGCAUAACCAUGGUGUAAUUUUUCUUCUGGCUCAUUGCCACUUUUGGCACUGCCAGGAAAUUGAGAGCUUUUAAUGCACAUGUUCAGAUCUCACCACAAUCCAGGGUUGUAUCAUCUGUGUUUCUAUCAGCUUCAAAAACACAAAUUUCCACUGCUCUCUUGAGUUCUAAUGCAGUAUUUCAACAACAAGCAUGAAUUUGCAACAGCUGCAACGAGAUACGAGCAGGCAUUUAUGCGCUAAUGCAUUCAAAUGCACGCAACCUUACUAAUGUAAAAUUGUAUGUAUGUCCCUCUACAAAGUUUGGUCACAGUAUGUGCAUUUAUUUGUAAGUUAUUCACCUUUUCUUGAUAGGCCCCUCCUGUUGUCAUGCCUCCUUUUUACACAGUCCUUCACCCGCACAUAUACUGGAGCUCCACAUCAAAUUUCUGCCAACUAGGGCUCACUCUGUGUGUGCCAAACGCUGAAAUACAAUACAUCCCCAAAGUAUUUGGACACCCCUGUUGAUGAGCAUUGUUAUUCAUUUGACCUGGGGCAAUUUUUACUCCUUAUUUCCAAUGAAGAGAAAUAAGGAGUUAAUCCUACACCAAAGUUCCAAAAGCAAAUUCUGGUGGGAAGUCUGAAACUAGAAGAGUGGAGUCUCUUAUAGCAACACCAAUGUAGGAAACAGUCAUAUAGGAGAUUAACGGGGUGACCACAUACUUUUGGCCAUAAACAUACUUAUUGGUGUCUGUUGCUACAGUGACCCUUCAGCAAGUGUUUUUAAUACUGUCAGGAAUACAAUGAGUUCAAGGGUCAGAGCAGUUAAUGUAUAUAUUGAACAUGGUGUGCCUUCACAUUGUGCAAUCAAUGGUAGACAGUGAGUCACGAGGGGAAUGCAUACCGGAGUUAUGUUUCAAUGCACAUGUGCACACAACCCGUAAGUUUAAUAAACUGGUGAAACCAAAAGGCUGUCAUGCCCUGGGCACAUGAUUGGGCAACUGUCAGCUCAAGGAGUUGCUGCAGCUUUUUUUUGCUUUGUUUCCCAUAUGAGGACACUACAGUUUGGUUAGGUUUCAAGUUAGCUGGAAGGUCAGCUCCGUCAGUGAGAAUAGUCUGAACUACAACAACCUGGUUUAGAAACUUGUCGCCAGCUCACAGUCUCACCCCAGUGUAGAAGAACUGAAUGUGACCUCUACAAGCAGUCAAUUGUGUGCACACGUCUUCCCUGAAUAUUGCUGUUUCUUUGUACAAUAUGUAAUGUACUAAAUCUGUGUUAAAUCAUACCACGUGUAUGUACUGCAUGUAUUUAAGGCCUCGUUUUAAGGUAAUUCCUGAUGUGACAUUUUAUGUAAUAUGUAUAUGUUGAUUUUUGGAAAGAAAUUCACCAAAUCUUAUUUAUGUUCUUUCUAUGGCACCAUUGUUGUCUGUAUAUACAUGUAAAUAAAACAUCAUCAUUUAA